AUGUCGAUCUCAUCUGUCGUAAACGACGACGUUCUCUAUCACAUCGCGUCGCUGUGCCAUAAAAAAGAGGCUCUCCUCGCACUCAUCAUCACCUGUCGGGCAGCGUUCCAAGAUUUCGCCAAACUUCUCCUCGUGGACGAUGUGCAACUACGUUCGGAGAGCCAGCUUAUAUCGUUCCUCUCUUGGGUCUCAAAAGACUCGCUGCAUCGCGCACCGUUCAUUCGGGGCCUCCUCAUCUCCAACAUCCCCCUCCAUCAUACACCGUUCUCCGUGGCCACAGGAGAGAGACUCACGAAUCUCUUCGACUCUCUUCGUUCUGUCCUGGCCCUGCGACGUUUGUCGUUUCAGGAUGCCGAGCUCAUCUUGGACUCACAUCCCAACUUAGCAGCCUCUAUCUCUAGGCUCACCACGAUCACCGAUCUCACACUCAUACCCGCAGGCCAUCGUUGCUCUUGGCUACUGCAAUCCACCCUGUCCCGUCUCAAGUACGUGCAUCUCGUCAUCGAUGACACGGACGGCCGGGGGGAGGAAGUGGGUCAGAGCUCCGCGCAUGUCCUCGCGGCGCAUUCCACGAGUCUCCUGCAGCUCCACUGGGUGUCGACGUGGACGCUGGCCAUUCCAGGGAGCCCUCAGUUUCUCAAUGUCUUGCACCUCUCCGUGGGCCCGUCCAUGGACCCAAUCAUAGAGGACUACCUCCUCGCCUUCCCCAACCUCCAAAGCCUCAAGGUCGUCAAUCUCGACUGGGACGACACAGUUACGAUGAUCACGCCUCAUCGCGAAAGGAACAUCGGAGUCCAGAGACGCACCGGGACGUGGACCCGUCUUCGCGCUUACGAAGGUUCCCCUCGCUCUCUGUAUGCUUUUGGGUUGGCCUUCCACAUCCCGGAGCUGCGUUUUCCUGACAUCUGUCACUACCUGGAUCUAGACGCACUUCGCAUAGCUCUGGAGGACGCGCAGCCGACCACAUUGGCAUUCUCCAUAUCUAAGUCGCCUGGCAGGUGGUUUUAUAAUCCGGAGGCCGUCACAGUCCUUUCGGGGGCGAAGACCGUACGUAACCUCGAGAUCAACCUGUGCGCCUGGGAAGAGGAAAUGGAAAUUGGCUUGGAACCCCUCAUGGACGCGAUUGUGCAGAUUCUGGCAGCACUUGAUCGUGUCGUAUCAUUCUCACUACUGCUCGACCUCCAAUUGCUGGACAAGUUGGCGACAUUUAAACAGAAACCGAACAGGGGUCGGCGCCCGUCCGAGAGACUCACCGAAGGGAUCGACUACCUUGCCUUCGCUCGCCGAUGUACGGCGGCGGGGAAAGCUCUUCGAAACGUUCGGGUAUCUCAGAAGGACGGCCGGAGCCAGGAGUCUGACGUGGUUGUCCAUAUUGACCUUCAAGGAGAGGCAUCUUGA